AUGCCGCGGCCCGGGAAGAGCUCAUACAGCGACCAGAAGCCUCCGUACUCGUACAUAUCCCUCACGGCCAUGGCCAUCCAGAACUCUACAGAGAAGAUGCUGCCGCUCAGCGACAUCUACAAGUUCAUCAUGGAGCGCUUCCCGUACUAUCGUGAGAACACGCAGCGCUGGCAGAACUCUCUUCGUCACAAUUUGUCGUUUAAUGACUGCUUCAUAAAGAUCCCGCGCAGACCGGAUCAGCCCGGGAAAGGCAGCUUCUGGGCGCUACACCCGGAUUGCGGAGACAUGUUUGAGAACGGCAGCUUUCUGCGCAGGCGCAAACGCUUCAAAGUGCUGCGCGCGGAGCAUGUGUCCUGUAAGAGCGCACCCAUGAUGCACUACUUCCACCAGCAGCAUGCGAGCACCAAAUCCCCGAGUCAGCACGAGCACGCGCAGGGUGUUGCGGGCACGCGUUUUCAGAGCUAUCAGCCCGCGGCCUUCAGACACCCGUUCGCCAUCGAGAACCUGAUUGGCCGCGAGUAUAAAGGUGCGCUUCCGCUCAGUGUCAUGCAUCAUCUGGGUUACCCUGUGCACGCGCACGUUCCUGCGCACAUCAGCAGUAUGGUCAACUCUAUGUGGCCGCACGUGUUGUCUGAACACGUUCCCAGUGCAGACUACGCGCCAUUCAGCGUCUCCAAAAGUCUGUACCCCCCGUGCGCCCCCUCGAUGCCCGCGGUGCCCGUGCCAAUCAAAGCCACGCCUACACUUGGGCACAUGCCUGCGCUCAGUGCGCUCCCGCCUGCAGCUAUGUGCGCGCCCCCAGGAGGCCUGGACAAGUCUGAACUGAUGCUGUGA